UCCCUCUGCCCGUGGCCACCUGCUCUCGGGGGAGGACCGGCGCGAGCCGGCAGAGGCCGACCUCCAGGCACCGCGGACUCUUCUGUGGCGCCCGAGCUCGGUACUUCCGGUGGCCCUGCGCCGCGCGGGCAGGCGAAGGGGGCCCGCGUCGCCCCGGCUAGGAAGGCGCGGGCGUGCCGAGGCGGAGGCCGCCACCAUGCCGGCCCGCUGCGUGGCCGCCCACUGCGGCAACACCACCAAGUCCGGGAAGUCGCUGUUCCGCUUCCCCAAGGACCGGGCCGUGCGGCUGCUGUGGGACCGCUUCGUGCGGGGCCGCCGCGCCGACUGGUACGGGGGCAACGACCGCUCUGUCAUCUGCUCGGACCACUUCGCUCCGGCCUGUUUUGACGUGUCUUCAGUUAUCCAGAAGAAUCUGCGCUUCUCGCAGCGCCUGAGGCUCGUGGCGGGCGCCGUGCCCACCCUGCACCGGCUGUCCGGCCCGGCACCCCAGGGGGAAGAAGAGGGAGAGCAAGCGGGCGGCCCCGAAAAGGGAGGAGAGCCCCAGGCGGUGAGGCAGGCGGAGGCCGCCCCGGGUCCAGCCACCUGUACGCUCCUCCCGGCCAGGAAGAGGGCUGCGGCUUCACAGAUUACAUGUGAAAAUGAAAUUACGCAAACACAGGCCCGCGCUGAUAAUCUAUCUCCUGGUGUCACUUCAGUACCUACUCACUGUGAAGAAGGUCCAGUGCAUAAAAGUACGCAGAUUUCUCUGAAAAGGCCCCCUCACCGAAGUGUUGGUAUUCAGGCCAAGGUAAAAGUGUUUGGAAAACAACUGUGUAAUGCCACUACUCAGACAGAUGAAUUGCGGUCUGGAAGUGCCUCUCUCUUUGACAUUUACUCCAGUGACUCAGAGACAGAUGCAGACUGGGACCUUGAGAGUGAGCAGAGCGGUUUGUCUUACGUUGCUGUGCAGGUGAAAGAAGAAUCCUGUUAAAAACGCGACAUCAGGUGACUUGACGUGCUGUAGGUUCUCACAUCUUUGCUCACAUCAUUACUUCUUUGUUCCCAUAGCUCUCUCGCUUUGAGAUAGUUGAGGAUCAGCAAAAUUUGUUUAGCUCUAAGGCAAAAAUGUGCCCGCCUGCCAAGAUAAUGAAGAUAAUACUGUCCACAAAUCUCCCCACCUCCCACUUGCACCUUUUUUUCUUUUUUCUUUUUAAUCCUCCGUGGAAAUCGGAUUAUAAAACAGAACCACAAUAGCAACAUUUCCAGAUCAAGAUUAAGCACUGAAUAUUUAAGCUUGCUGCAGAAGCAACACCCAUAUGGGACUUAUUUGACAUUUAUAAGCUGGAAUGUCACUAUUCUAAAUUUGAAGAUACUAGUAAGCACAGCCAAGUCUGAUACUAUUAAAUGACCUGGGGGUAGAGUCAGGAGAUUUACCCUUGAUUAUGAUUUUUUUUAUGUUGUAUAUUUAUUAGUUUGUCCAUUUGUAAUACUCUUCAAUCUGGGGAUCAGUCCCCGUGCGCAUUUCUGGUGAAGCUAUGACUCGUGCAGAAGAUAUUCGAAGGGAAUUAAUUGAAACAGAGACAGAAUUUCAUAUACUUAGAUUAUCUUGUUGAUGAAAUCUGCAUUGGUUCCUAUUGCAAGCAACCAAUGAGCUUGAUUCAUUUAACACUGAAAUUAUUAACAUCAUGCAAAAAAAAAAUUAGUACAUUUCUAGCAUCAUCCCCACUUCGGGAAUUAGGUUUUCCUCUGUUGAUACCACUCUAUUGAAUUCCACAUUUGGGAAGUAAGCACGUGAAACUUAGCUGCUCCAUCAGGACAACGUCCAUGCCAGUUUUGUACCAUGAAGAAAUUUGUUACAGCGGUUUCUGAGAAACUUAUUAGAACUCUAGUCUUCUAGUGAGAAUAAUAAAAACAAAUGUCCAUUUGAUACCUCACAUGUCUUGUUGUGCAUGACUGGAAGAACUUGCAUGCUUUGUACCCUAGAAGAUUUAAACGAUAUACCAAAGCGAUUUUCUUCCAAAGCCAACUUCAUGUGUGACUUAAUUUGAACAGUGUAACUUUAAUAAAAAAGAAUAAUAAAACAAAAUAUUAGUAGAA